AUGGCGGAUCAAGACGACGACUACUUCAACGACCUUUCCCGUCAGUCCAUGUCGCAAGAUGCGAUUCAAUCACAGUCCGGAAACACAGGCGGCAACACUUCACCCACCGAAGAUGACGGUAACCCCGUCCCUCGUCCGAAACGAAUGGCAUGCAUCGUCUGCAGGAAGAGGAAAUUGAGAUGUGACGGACAGAAACCGAGUUGCGGGACAUGUGCUCGUGUGGGUCACAAUUGUGCAUAUGAUGAAGUGCGCAAGAAGAGUGGACCGAAGAGGGGAUAUGUCAAGCAGUUGGAGGCACGGUUAGCGCAAGUCGAAAUUCUCUUGAAAAACCAGGAGCCAGAGAAUUCUUGGAACGAGACAAGUCGCAACGCUCUUCCCAACACAUCCAUGCCGCCAACAGCAUCGAAUCCUUUAUCAGGAGUAGGAAAUCUCAUGAGCUUUGUAAACGGGUCGACAACACGAGUUCCAGAUGCCAUGAGGCAACCACAAGGUUCUCAAAAUGGAGCUUCUACCACAAACUCGACUUUUGAUCAUGAAUCGUCCUGGGAGGUUAUUAGUCUAGGCUUGGAAGAGCCAUUGCCGACCCAGGAUGUUAUCGAUGAGUUAUUCGAUAUCUUCUUCACAAAGAUCCACCCAUCCCAUCCUAUGAUUCAUCGUCCUCGAUUCUUUGCUUCCAUGAAUUUAGCUCCCCACAUGCGCCCACCUGUUUGUCUACGUUAUAUCAUGUGGGCAUUGGCUGCAUCUAUCACGCCAAAAUACAGUUUCUUAGAAGAACAUCUUUAUGCUCGAGCUCGAAAGUAUGCCCAUUUGGACGAAAUGAAAGGUCAUGGCGAGCAUAUGGUCAGUGUCAGCCAUUGUCAAGCCUGGGUUUUGAUUUCACUGUACGAGUUCAAACAAAUGUUUUUCCCAAGAGCAUGGGUUAGCGUGGGACGCGGCGCGAGGAUGGCGGCUAUGAUGUGCUUCAAUCGCUUGGAUGGAGUCGGAUUGGACGUCAAGCAUUGCGUUCCCCCACCGGUUGACUGGGUCGAAAGAGAAGAACGACGACGGACGUUUUGGAUGUGCUUCUCUGAAGACCGAUAUGCAAGUAUUGGAACUGGAUGGCCAAUGGUGUUUGACGAGAGAGAUAUCAUGACAAACCUGCCUUCAAGCGAAGAGGCUUAUUUGACAGGUACUCCGGAAACGGCGCCGUCGCUGAAAGAUGUAUUAGCCGGAGAUAUCGCCAAUCUGUCUCCCUUGGGUAGUGUAGCUGUUAUGGCGUGCAUUUUUGGUCUCAAUCUGACGCAUCUUCACCGACCCGACCCUCAUGACCGAGAAGAUGAUGUGAACGGGGAAUUCUGGAAACGCCAUCGCGCCUACGACAACAUUCUACUAAACAUUUCUCUCUCACUUCCUCACUCACUUCGCUUGCCUCAAGGCAUUGCAGAUCCGAAUAUCAUCUUCUCCAACAUGGCUAUACAUACGUCUACUAUCUGUUUACACCAAGCGGCCAUUUUCAAAGCGGAAAAGCACAAGAAUAUGACACAAAUUGCCGCAGAAAGUAAAAGAAGGUGCAUCAUAGCGGCAGACCAAAUAUCUAGUAUCAUGAAGAUGGUCAGCCAUACCGAUCUUUCUCUGUUGAAUCCAUUCAGCGCAUUCUGUCUAUACGUCGCUGCUCGAGUCUUCGUGCAGUAUCUCAAAUCCCGACCCGAAGGCCAGGCAGUCAAAUCUUCGUUACAAUUCCUGCUCACAGCAUUAGGCGCGUUGAAGCAAUUCAGUGCAUUGACCGAGUCUUUCCUCAUUCAACUAGAUGUCGACUUGAGUGGGACAACUUUUGGGUCAUCAAUGCGAAGUAUGCGUAGUAAAGAAGCGGUCGAGUCCAAUACCGGUAGCAAUCAAUACUGUAACCCUAUUGCCAAUAUACGCUCAUCAGAAGCAGAUGCCCUUGCAGAGGUCAACUUGAACAGAGAUGCCGCUGCAAACAAUUCAUCGCCCGUCGGCACCUCGGCGUCCUCGCAAAGUUUCGGAUCCCUCCCCAAUCGUCAAAGAUCGAACAACACGCCUAGAAGCGACCAGCAAACGCUGAACGUGUCCCGCAACACAGCCUUGGACUCGACCGAUUCCAACAACACUAGUUCUCAACAAGAUGACAACGCCAUGUUAACGAACUUUGACAUGGACAUUUCACCUGUCGUAAGCGGCGGCAGCGAGAAUAUGCAUUCCGAAAAUGCGUCACCACAGACGAUGAAUUCGUCUUCUAACCAUUCCAAUCCUGCAUUCACCCCCCCAAGCAUGGAGCAAACUUCCAUGGGCGGUCAAUUGAAUAAUGUGCAUGUUAAAUCUCCUAUGAACCCAAGUCUGAUAGAUUUUAGUACCGGCCUAGACGGUUUCUCGAUGAAUGGCAAUGUGUCAUUCUCGCCGUUCUUUGAUUCCAAUGCCAUGGACACUGGUAUCAACGCAAUAGGCAUGGAAAAUCCUUUACCUCUCAAUGACGGCUGGGGAGGACAGCAACAAAACCCCGGCGUUGCGAAUAAUGGACUCGGGGAUAUGAUGGGCAAUACGAACAACUUUUCGGACCGCCAAUUCGACUUGUUACUUCAAAACAUGGGUUGGAAUGGUUGGAAUGACCAAGCUUGA